AUGGGGGUACAGGUGCCGAAGAUGUCGGCCAGGGUGGUCAACGCUAUCAGAAAUUUGCGAGAGGCACAUGGAUCCACGUCCAAGGAAAUCAUGAGCUACAUCAUGUCGCAGUACAGCGCUCCGGAAAGCACCAUACAAAGACAGAUGCAAGCGGCACUGAAACGCGGCCUGGACUACGGAAUCCUGAAGAAGAGCAACGGCCAUUACUUCUUGAACACGGACGCGGACGUGACGCAGCUCGCCUCGUCGAUGGCCCCGGUCGAACGAGGUAGAAGAUAUCGCCGAAGAAGCAGAAGAAGAGGACGUAGACGUCGCAGCCGAGGAAGGAGGCGCAGAGGUCGCAGGAGAUCCCGCAGGACGCGUGAAACUCAAAUGCGCGACAAGAUUCGCUUCAGCCGAAGAAGAUUUGGGUUCUUCCUGAAUGUUCCCUCUGGUUCCUGCAGCUAA